AUGUCUGAUCCAGCUUGUAUCUUCAACAAUGGCGUUGUCGACGGCUAUGACUAUAGCUUCAACUAUUCCACUUCUCUCUCACACAUCUACAACUCUAAUGGCAGCUUCUAUUACCCUCGCAAUACCACAGACAUAAACCCUAAUUCUACUUUACCUGAAUCUCCUCCACUUAGAGAAGCUCUUCCUCUCCUUAGUUUAAGCCCCAUCCAUAAGCAGAAAGAAGAUAUUGUUCCUCAGCAUGAAUACUAUUUCAUGGAGACGACCGAAAACUCUUCUAAUUCAAACUUUCUUAAUCAUAAUCUUGAUCAAUGCCAAGAAAGUACUCAUCAUUAUGAUGUGACCGUGGAUCUUCAUCUAGGGUUGCCAAACCCCGGUGGCGACGCUAUUGGUUACGGGGGUGGUGGGAGCAGCAGCAGCGAUGUCAUCCUUGAUUCUACCGACCAAGAGCAUCAUCAAGAUCGUCAUCAAUACCAUGGAGUAGAAGUUACACUUGCUUCUGAUCAUCAUCAUGAUGGUCAUGGUGGUGUACAAAGGGGUAGUCAUAAUCACUAUUGGAUCCCUAUAAGAACAAAGAAGAAAGACUUAAACUUUACUUAA